UGGCCUGGUACAUUGUUUGCUGCCUCCAUUCUGGAUGCGCUGUUUCAGUUUCAAUGACUCAAUAUUCUGGUCAAAUACGGACAAAUGUAACUAACGCUGAGAAUGUCAAUACAAUCGAACUAGCAAGGGCAAUGAUCUCAAGUCAGUCAAAAUGUUGCUAAUAGGCUAGUGUAUAUAUUUAUGUAGCAAGCUUAAAACACGGAACCUAACGUUAGCUAGCUAGCUGCUUAGAGGAUGUCAUGCCAAUGGAGGAGUGGGUGCCUUACGUGAGGGUGGCGCCUGAGGACCUCCUGAGGGCCCGCUUCCCGCGCUUCUCGCCCCUGGACCUGCGGCCCACCAAUGCACAUGUCAGCCUAGCCGUGGUGGACUUGCUCUCCUUCUUCAACAGCACCAGCGCCUGUCUACUCUGCGCCAGGGCUGACUGUUUGAUGAACCUGGAGCAGUUACUGCGUCAGUUCCUAAUCUCUAAGGAGACGCUGACUGUUCGUGUGCUGGAUGACAGUCAGGACCCCAUGCCUGUUCUAAAAGAGAUCCGCAACGACCAGACUGACACCAUCAUAGUGGACGCCAACGCCACUGUGUCCCACCUCAUCCUGGAACGGGCGUCAGAGUUGGGGAUGCUGUCCAUCUACUACACCUACAUCUUCACCACAAUGGAGUUCUCUCUGCUGCAGUUGGAUGACAUCCUGGUGAAGCGCUGGGUCAACAUCCUUGGCUUCUCUGUCCUCAACCACAGCCAUCCUUACUUCCCUGACCUCCUCCUCAGUCUCAACCGCUCCUGGCAGGAAAACUGUGACCAUGCCCCUUUCACUGGGGUCCCGCUCUCCCCGGCCCUGCUGUUUGAUGCCAUGCAUGUGGUGGUGUCCGCUGUGAGGGAGCUCAACCGCAGCCAGAGCGUGGGCACCACACAGCUAACCUGUCAAUCACCCAAAAUCUGGGAGCACGGCACCAGCCUGAUGAACUACCUACGGAUGGUAGAAUUGGAAGGUCUAACUGGACACAUAGAGUUCAACAGCAAAGGCCACCGCUUCAACUACUCCCUGAGGGUCGUACAAAGCAGCUCAGAGGGGCUAAGGCAGGUUGGUGAGUGGCAUUCGGAGCACGGUCUAUCCAUGGAGAGCGACAUCAACCUCCUCAUCAUGGGCGGCACCAUCUUCAACACCACCCUCACCAUCACCACCAUCUUGGAGAACCCCUACGUGAUGCUGAGGUCCGAACAUCAGGCCCUGGAGGGCAACGAGCGCUACGAAGGAUUUUGUGUAGACAUGCUGCGAGAGCUGGCCGAGCUGCUGCACUUCAGCUACCGUCUGCGGCUGGUGGCGGACGGCGUGUACGGCGUGCCCAGUGCCAACGGCACCUGGACGGGCAUGGUGGGUGAGCUCAUCUCUAGGAAAGCUGACCUGGCUGUAGCGGGGCUCACCAUCACCUCAGAGAGAGAGAAGGUCAUUGACUUCUCCAAACCCUUCAUGACCCUGGGCAUCAGCAUCAUGUACACAGCACACAUGACACGUCGACCAGGCUACUGGUCCUUCCUAGACCCCUUCUCUCCAGGCGUAUGGCUCUUCAUGCUGCUGGCCUACCUGAUCGUCAGCUGUGUGCUCUUCCUGGUGGCCAGGCUAACGCCGUAUGAGUGGUGUAGUACUGAGCCAUGCUUGCGGGGGCGCUGUAAACUGGUGCUGAACCAGUACACUCUGGCAAACAGUCUGUGGUUCCCUGUAGGGGGGUUCAUGCAGCAAGGCUCAGCCAUCACCCCCCAUGCCCUGUCCACACGCUGCCUCAGCGCUGUCUGGUGGUUCUUCACCCUGAUCAUAGUGUCCUCCUACACAGCCAACCUGGCUGCCUUCCUCACCGUUCACAGGAUGGAGGUGCCCAUCGAGUCUGUGGAAGACCUGGCAGACCAGACCACCAUAGAGUACGGCACCAUGCAGGGAGGGUCCACCAUGACCUUCUUCCAGAACUCUCAGUACCAGACAUACCAGCGCAUGUGGAACUUCAUGCAUGCCAAGCAAACCAGUGUGUUCGUGAAGAGCACGGAGGAAGGCAUCGACCGGGUGCUCAAGUCCAACUACGCCUACCUGUUGGAGAGCACCAUGAACGAGUACUACCGCCAGCGCAACUGUAACCUCACCCAGAUAGGAGGCGUGCUGGACACCAAAGGCUACGGCAUCGGCAUGCCACUGGGCUCAGUGUACCGGGACGAGAUCGACCUGGCCGUACUCAAACUCCAAGAGGACAACAGGCUGGAGAUCCUUAAGAGGAAGUGGUGGCGGGGAGACAAGUGUUCCAAAGAGGAUGACCGUCGAGCACAGGGGCUGGGCAUGGAGAAUAUAGGUGGGGUCUUUAUUGUCCUGUUGUCUGGUCUACUGCUGGCUGUGUUCAUGGCGGGGCUGGAGUUUUUCUGGGUGCAGCAACACUCUCCGAGGUCAGAGUUGUCCAUGUGUACAGAGAUGCUGAGGGCUCUCCAUGGGAUCCUGCUGUGCGAGGACAGUAUGGCACUGCAUGGUUUACGAGGCCCAGGGAUAUUACUACAAACACACACUUCACUCCCAGAGGAGCAUGGCGGGACCAAGACAGCCACUUGCACCCUCAGUAACGGCAUGGACAACAGUAGCAGCGGUCCUAUGGAGUCACAGUCUCAUAGACUGGCACAGGAAGCCAUUUUGGGUCCACGGGGCUGCACUCACGUCCGCAUCUGCCCAGAGUGCAGGGGAUAUAAAGGACUGCGGGUGCAAACACUGCUACCCAGAAAACACUCACCAGACCUCAGAGAGGAGAAUGUUUAG